UCCCUCGGGGGGAUCUAACGCGGCCGCGGAGGCGGGGGGACACGGAGCGACGCCGCCCCCCGGCACCUCGUCCUUCAUGGUGGCUUUCUGCGCCCGACGCCUCCCAGCAGAAGCGCGGCCCGACCCGGCCCGGGGGUGGUGUGCGAGUGCGAGUGCGCGCCGCGGGCAGCGCUGGUGCCCGAGCGAGGGAAAAUGUCCACUCGGACUCCAUUGCCCACGGUGAACGAGCGCGACACCGAGAACCACACGUCCCAUGGAGAUGGACGACAGGAAGUUUCCUCUCGAUCUGGGCGCUCUGGAGCUCGUUGCAGGAAUUCUAUAGCUUCCUGUGCAGAUGAGCAACCACAUAUUGGAAAUUACAGACUCCUCAAAACGAUUGGAAAGGGGAAUUUUGCAAAAGUAAAGCUGGCGAGGCACAUCCUCACAGGCAGAGAGGUUGCCAUAAAGAUAAUUGACAAAACACAGCUGAAUCCAACUAGUCUACAAAAGCUCUUUAGAGAAGUAAGAAUAAUGAAGAUCUUAAAUCAUCCAAAUAUAGUGAAAUUAUUUGAAGUCAUUGAAACUGAAAAAACUCUCUAUUUAAUAAUGGAAUAUGCAAGUGGGGGGGAGGUGUUUGACUAUCUGGUUGCGCAUGGAAGAAUGAAGGAAAAGGAAGCAAGAGCUAAAUUUAGACAGAUAGUAUCUGCAGUGCAGUACUGCCAUCAAAAGCAUAUUGUUCAUAGAGAUCUCAAGGCUGAAAAUCUAUUGCUAGAUGCAGAUAUGAACAUUAAAAUAGCUGACUUUGGUUUUAGCAAUGAGUUUACAGUUGGAAAUAAACUGGACACCUUUUGUGGCAGCCCACCGUAUGCUGCUCCAGAACUUUUUCAAGGGAAAAAAUAUGAUGGACCUGAAGUAGAUGUUUGGAGUUUAGGUGUUAUUCUUUAUACCCUCGUGAGCGGAUCUCUUCCUUUUGAUGGACAGAACUUAAAGGAACUUAGAGAAAGAGUACUAAGGGGAAAAUACAGGAUUCCUUUCUACAUGUCCACAGACUGUGAAAACCUCCUCAAACGUUUCCUGGUGCUAAACCCAACAAAAAGAGGCACUCUAGAGCAAAUUAUGAAGGACAGGUGGAUCAAUGCAGGGCAUGAGGAGGAUGAACUUAAACCUUUUGUUGAACCAGAACUAGACAUCUCGGACCAGAAAAGAAUAGAUAUUAUGGUAGGAAUGGGAUAUUCUCAAGAAGAAAUUCAAGAAUCCCUUAGUAAAAUGAAGUAUGAUGAAAUCACAGCUACAUACUUAUUGCUGGGAAGGAAAUCAUCAGAGUUGGAUGCAAGUGAUUCAAGCUCCAGCAGCAAUCUUUCCCUUGCUAAAGUUCGGCCAAGUAGUGAUCUUAAUAAUAGCACUGGACAAUCUCCCCACCACAAAGUUCAGAGAAGCAUAUCUUCUAGCCAGAAACAGCGGCGCUACAGCGAUCAUGCUGGACCAUCCAUCCCCCCAGUAGUGGCAUAUCCCAAAAGAAGCCAAACUAGUACUACAGACAGUGACCUAAAAGAGGAAGGAAUUCAAUCAAGAAAAUCUAGCAGUAGUGCUGUUGCAGGAAGAGGAAUUGCACCAGCUAGUCCAAUGCUUGGAAAUGCCAGCAAUCCAAAUAAGGCUGAUAUUCCUGAACGUAAGAAAAGUUCGGCUGUCCCUAGUAAUAAUACUGCCCCUGGAGCAAUGACACGGCGCAACACUUAUGUUUGUAGCGAAAGAACCACUGCUGAUAGGCAUUCAGUGAUACAAAAUGGCAAGGAGAACAGCCUGACAGAAAUGUUCGCUUACGCAGCUAGCCCUGCUUCAGUUUGUACUACAUCCUUCUCCAGUGUUCGGCUGCGACAUCAGAAGUCGAUGUCCAUGUCAGCCUCUGUGCACACGAAGAUGAUGUUGCCUCCAAUAGACAAUGGCGCAGAUAACUUCAGGCCUAUCACUAUUCCCGAUCAAAGAACGCCUGUCGCUUCAACUCACAGCAUAAGCAGUGCAACCACACCUGACCGUAUUCGUUUCCCCAGAGGAACGGCCAGUCGGAGCACCUUCCACGGCCAGCUCCGUGAGCGACGCACCGCUACCUACAACGGGCCCCCGGCCUCCCCCAGCCUGUCCCACGAGGCAACGCCGCUCUCUCAGACUCGAACCAGGGGUUCCACUAACCUGUUCAGCAAACUGACUUCAAAACUCACAAGAAGAAACAUGUCAUUCAGGUUUAUCAAAAGGCUCCCGACUGAAUAUGAGAGGAACGGGAGAUUUGAGGGCUCAAGCCGCAAUGUAGCUGUGGAUCAGAAGGACGAAAACAAGGAAGCCAAGCCUCGCUCGCUGCGUUUUACGUGGAGCAUGAAAACCACCAGCUCCAUGGAUCCCAAUGACAUGAUGAGGGAAAUCCGCAAGGUCCUGGAUGCCAAUAAUUGUGACUAUGAACAAAGAGAGCGUUUCUUGCUUUUCUGCGUCCACGGAGACGGGCACGCGGAAAACCUCGUGCAGUGGGAGAUGGAGGUGUGUAAACUGCCAAGACUGUCCCUGAACGGAGUUCGCUUUAAGCGGAUAUCGGGAACAUCCAUAGCUUUUAAAAACAUUGCUUCCAAAAUUGCCAAUGAGUUAAAGCUGUAACGAGAAAAAUAGUUAAGUUGUAAAUUAGUUAGCAAUUUCAAGUGUUUUGAGAAUUCCGAUGGAAAUGUAUAGAAUAACAUUUAGGCAAUAACUUCUGCAUCCUUCUGAAUAGUGAUAUUAAAGAAAACAAAGCUGCUGAGCUGGGAGGGAGAGUUGGACUUUUUUAUAAGUGCACUACAGCAUUAAAGUUGCCUACUAUGUAAAAUAUUACCCCUUCUGCUUUAUUUCCAUUGCUCCUAAGUCUUUGACAACAAAUUGAAACACAGAAUAUAUUCAUUUAAAUAUGCCUCCUGUUUGUGUGGACGUGUGAAUGUACAGUAUGUGUGUAUAAUAUAUAAAGUAUUAUAUGUAAACAAUUCAUUUACCACAUGGAGCUGUACCAGUACCUCUUUUUGGGCUAAUUUUGGUGCUAAAAAUUGAAAUGGCCAAGGAGGAAACACUUGAGUUAAUAUUUAAAAUAACUGAAGAGAUAACCAGUAAACGCAGGUUUACAAUUCACUGCUGUGUUAAGGAAAAAAAGGGUGUGAAGGGUUUGGAUUUACGGUUGUGAACAUUAUUAGUCCUGUUUUCUAAGUAGAGCUCAUGAAAUUAUUAAAAAUUCACUUCUACCGAGUAA